GGUCAAGGAUGGAGAGAAGUCCACUCCAGGUGGCCUGCGAGCGAUGGUGGAGGCGACACUUGAUGAUUCAGUACAGACAUGAUGGAGUUGAUGCAGCGAUAAUCGAGGUUGCGAUUCAGGGAAUAAUAAGAGUAAUAAGGGUCGUUGGGCGGUGGAUUAGAGUUGGGAUUCAUUACAGGAAUGAAGUUGAAGUCGCGAAAUCUUCACAACGAGCCACGAGAUGGCAAAAAGUGAGAUCCGAAAAAUAAUCAAACUCCAGACUCUGUCAACGCGAGACCUCCUCAAUUUUGGAUAGUUAAAAAUAAAUCCCGUGAAAUAUCACGGAGUUUUUUCUCCUUUUUUUACGAUUGAACGUUUGAAUCUGUACGAUCGUCUUUCACGAAUCACUAUUUAUAUACUCUGAACACACUCAUCACUCACCGCUCACCACUCACUCUGAGUCUGAAAGAGAGAGAGAGAGAGGGAGAAUGGCGACGACUUCACAUUUCUCUGCGACUUCGCAUUGUAGUUCUGUUUCGAGAUUCGUCGAUUUCGGUUCCAGAAGCGGUGGCAAGUGGAAAUCGAAUCUGUUAUUGAUUCGGACAUUGAGGUCCCGGCCUCUUGCGAGGUCGUUUUCCGUUAAGAAUGUGUCUAGCGAGCCGAAGACGAAACUCGAAAAUCCGAUCUCCGGCGAAGAUGCUUCAUCUAUCGCCUCAAGUAUCAAAUGCCAUGCAGAAUUCACACCAUUAUUUUCACCAGAGAAAUUUGAGCUUCCAAAGGCAUUCGUUGCAACUGCACAAAGUGUUCGUGAUGCUCUCAUCAUAAACUGGAAUGCGACUUAUGAGUGCUAUGAUAGAUUGAAUUUGAAGCAGGCGUACUAUCUGUCAAUGGAAUUUUUGCAGGGUAGAGCACUUUUGAAUGCAAUUGGUAAUUUAGAGCUGACCGGUGCAUAUGCGGAGGCUUUGACCAAGCUAGGACACGAUUUGGAAAGUGUGGCUCGUCAUGAGCCUGAUGCAGCACUUGGAAAUGGAGGUCUUGGGCGACUUGCCUCCUGCUUUUUGGACUCCAUGGCAACAUUAAAUUACCCUGCAUGGGGUUAUGGAUUAAGAUACAAGUAUGGCUUGUUUAAACAGCGAAUUACAAAAGAUGGUCAAGAGGAGGUUGCUGAAGAUUGGCUUGAGAUGGGCAAUCCCUGGGAAAUUGUGAGAAAUGACAUUUCAUACCCUGUAAAAUUUUACGGCAAGGUUGUUAGUGGAUCUGAUGGAAAAAAACACUGGAUUGGAGGAGAAGAUAUAAUGGCUGUGGCAUAUGAUUUGCCAAUACCAGGUUAUAAAACUAAAAGCACUAUUAACCUGCGACUUUGGUCAACUAAAGCUCCAGCAGAAGAUCUGGACUUGUCUGCUUUCAAUGCUGGGGGGCACACAAAGGCAUAUGAGGCCCUAGCAAAUGCUGAAAAGAUUUGCUACAUUCUCUACCCUGGGGAUAACUCAUUGGAGGGCAAGACCCUACGUUUGAAGCAACAAUAUACCUUAUGUUCAGCUUCUCUCCAAGAUAUUAUUGCGCGUUUUGAGAGAAGAUCUGGCUCAAACAUAAAAUGGGAAGACUUUCCUGAGAAAGUUGCAGUGCAGAUGAAUGACACUCAUCCCACUCUCUGCAUUCCAGAGCUGAUGAGGAUUUUGAUAGACCUGAAAGGCUUAAGCUGGAAGGAGGCCUGGAACAUUACUCAAAGAACUACGGCAUACACAAACCAUACUGUUUUACCUGAAGCUUUGGAGAAAUGGAGUUUAGAUCUUAUGCAGAAACUGUUACCUCGACAUGUAGAGAUCAUAGAAAUGAUUGAUGAAGAGCUGAUAAACACAAUUGUUUCUGAGCAUGGGAGGGAAGAUUCAGACCUUUUGGAGAAAAAACUGAAGGAGAUGAGAAUAUUAGAAAAUGUAGAUUUGCCUUCCACCUUUUCCAAUUUAAUUGCUAAACCCAAGGAAAGCUCCGCUGCAGCUAUCAGUGAAAAUUCUGGUGAGGCAGGCAAGCUGAUUAACGAAAAAGAUGAAGUUGAUAGUGGAGAUGAAACAGAAAGCAAAGGUGAACCCAAGAGCACAGGCGCUCGGAAGAAGGAAGAGGUGGUGGCAGAACCACCUUCAAAGAUGGUCCGCAUGGCUAACCUCUGUGUUGUAGGUGGUCAUGCAGUAAAUGGAGUUGCUGAGAUACAUAGUGAAAUUGUGAAGGAUGAAGUGUUUAAUUCAUUUUAUAAGUUGUGGCCCAACAAGUUUCAAAAUAAAACAAAUGGGGUUACUCCAAGAAGAUGGAUCCGUUUCUGCAAUCCAGAAUUGAGUAAAAUCAUUACUGAGUGGACUGGAUCUGAAGAAUGGGUUUUAAAUACCGAAAAGCUGGCUGAACUAAGAAAGUUUGCAGAUAAUGAGGAUUUCCAAACCCAGUGGAGGGCAGCAAAGAAAAGCAAUAAGAUGAAGGUUGCGUCAUUGCUCAAAGAAAAAACAGGGUAUUCUGUCAGCCCUGAUGCAAUGUUUGAUAUCCAGGUGAAGCGUAUUCAUGAAUAUAAGCGACAACUGCUAAAUAUUCUUGGAAUUGUGUAUCGUUACAAGAAGAUGAAAGAAAUGAGUGCUGUUGAAAGGAAAGCUAAGUAUGUUCCUAGAGUUUGUAUAUUUGGUGGAAAGGCAUUUGCCACUUAUGUGCAAGCCAAAAGGAUUGUGAAAUUUAUCACGGAUGUGGGGGCUACAGUUAAUCAUGACCCUGAAAUAGGUGAUUUACUUAAGGUUGUGUUUGUCCCGGAUUACAACGUCAGUGUUGCUGAAUUGCUUAUUCCUGCAAGUGAGCUUUCACAGCAUAUCAGUACUGCUGGGAUGGAAGCCAGUGGAACGAGCAACAUGAAGUUUGCUAUGAAUGGUUGCAUCCUGAUCGGAACCUUAGAUGGGGCCAAUGUUGAAAUACGACAGGAGGUUGGAGAAGACAAUUUUUUCCUCUUUGGUGCUGAAGCUCAUGAAAUCGCUGGGCUGAGGACAGAAAGAGCUAUGGGGAAGUUUGUUCCGGACCCACGAUUCGAAGAAGUGAAAGAUUUUGUUAGAACGGGUGUUUUUGGCUCAUGCAACUACGAUGAACUGUUGGGAUCAUUAGAAGGAAAUGAAGGAUUUGGACGUGCUGAUUAUUUCCUCGUUGGCAAGGAUUUCCCCAGCUAUGUAGAAUGCCAAGAGAAAGUUGACAAAGCAUAUCAAGAACAAAGGAGAUGGACCAAUAUGUCAAUCAUGAAUACAGCAGGUUCGUACAAGUUCAGCAGCGACAGGACGAUCCAUGAAUAUGCCAAGGAUAUUUGGAAUAUUGAACCUAUCCUAUUGCCGUAGUCACCAUCUCUUGAGUUGCGGCGUUGGUGGUGCCACUAGCUCAUGCAAGGUUGAUUUGCUCACACUCAGCAAGGUUGAUUUGCCUUGCGGAAUUAAAUUGGCUUAUAAUAUCGAUGGUCUAAAUAAUUUUGUAUGUGAAGUUCGAUUUUGUAAACUAAUAAUAAUAAAAAAUAAAGCUCCAAAUAUUACUA